UCGAUCCGAGCAGAGCAAAAUCAAAUCCACGAAAAGAAGAGAGAGAGAGGAGGAGGGUGGAAAGAAUUUGGUGGAAUCGUCCAGCGAUGAUUAAUCAAACACCAAAAAUAAAAUGCCCGUUAUGAUAUUUUCUGCCUUUUGAUUUUGCAAGAAAGAAGACAAAUAGCAUAGCAGAGUGGGAUAGAAGAUUGGCACACAGAAAAAAAAAGAAGCAAAAAUCUGGAGAAAAGUGUUGAAAUGGUUGAUGCCAUGGAACAUCGUACUGCAGACAGAGAGAUGUCUGACGUUACGGCGGCGCAGCAGCAUCAAGUCCCAAAUGACAACAACGUUCGAGAGAUGCUUACAUUGGCUCGCCAACUCAUCAAUCAAGGCAACCCUUCUCAAGCUCUCCAAGCGGUGGUCAUGGCAAUGAGAACCAAAGGUGGGGAUCAAGCUGUAUUUCAAUCCUUGCACCGUGCUCGUGAGCUGUAUUUGAACAGAUUGCAAGAGAGCACUAAUGUUGAUCAUCUGGCCUCUUUGUUUGCUGAAUGUGCAAUUGCUGAGGCCCAGCCUUUACAAGAUGAACAAACACCACUUAAUGGAGGUGACCAAUCACCUUCAGCUGUACCCGAAGUUCAUGUAAACUCCAUACUUGCAGAAACAGGCAGGACGCAAAUUGUGUUGGAUGCAUUCUCAGAUGGGAGCAGUUUCAUCUGCCUUCACUGUGGUGGUCUCGUAAGUAAUUAUCGCAAAGACGAGCACUAUGCAUUCUGGUGUGGUUGACUCUGAAGCUCAUGAAUGUGGAACGAGUUUUUGCUCCUUGAUGCAGUGCUGCUUGACAUGCUUGAUUAACUUACCACUUUCCUGUAUUGUGAUGCAGUGCUCCCCGACAUGCAUGAUUAGCACACUGCUUUCCUUAUUUACUGCACUGAACUGCAUGGUUGCUUUACUCGAUGAAAUUUCUUCUUAUAUGCCCGAUGUUAUCAUUACCAACCAAAACAUCAAAUGCUUGACUUGAGAUACAGAGGUCCGGUUUUGGUUUAGAUUGAAAAGAAAUGUACCAUUGUAAAACUUCUUGCAGAAGGCUUUUACUAUUUAGUGGUUAAACCAUCAAAGAAAUGACGACGACGAUGUGGAUCAA